AUGGUAUCCACACGGACGAGAAAGUACAAGGUGUCCAAGGACGUCGAAAGUCGAAAGUCCGUUAACCUAGCUGCUCAAUCCAAGAGGGAGAGCAGAGCUUCAAAAUGGAUCGCAAACUACCCAGGAAGUACCAGAACCACGAGGGCGAUGGCCACGGACAGCGCGAGACAAGCCGUCUUGCGUACUGCUGAGCUCCUCGAGCACAUCCUUCUCGGCCUCAACUUCUUCGACGUAUGGCGCUGUCAACGAGUAUGCAAGCAGUUCCAAGCCGUGAUACAGCAGUCCAGCAGAUUGCAAGAAACGAUGAUGCACCGCCUGGGUAGUCUCCCUCGCCAGACCUGGGACCACUACUUCGAGCCAACCAGCGAAGCCAUGCGUUGGAAACCAUGCUUUCGCCUCGCGGAUGACAGCGACACCUGGAGUAACCGCUGGAGUCAAGCCAAGCCGACGAGGCUUACGCCCGCCAAGCUUUGUCCUCUUCUGGAAAUUUCGCAUUAUGGCUCAAGUGAGUUGCCGACAGCCGCCCAGCGCCUGCAGUAUCGCAUGGGAGAAGCUGUCACUUUCAAGAAGCAAGUUGAUCUGCAGGAGUCACUGUCCUGGAAAGAGCUCUUCGUUACGGAUCCACCUUGCACGAAUGCCAGCGUGACGCUUGCCUUCUCUAUUGGUGAUGUCGAUUCUUUCCAAGGUGGUAGCAUUGAGGUCGUUCGGAAGGUGGCGGUCGCCGAGGGCCUUAGGCUUAAGCACUUGGUAGAAGAUCCUUUGAAGAUGCCCGGUGAAGUUGCGUGGAGCUUGAAAUGGCAGAGGGGGUGCAAGCACUACAAAUAUCCCGCAAGGUUGCUGAGGACUUUUGAGGAUAGGUUGAAGACGAAGGCGGUGCUGAAUCGGCUUCGAACGAUUGUGAACUUGGAAGGCAUGGUGAUUCCGACAGAGGAAGAAUGGCGAGCCGUGUCGUGA